AGGUCCAACUAGGUCAGGCUCGGAAGGAGCACAGAUGGUGCUCCAGCCUUGGGCGUGACUGUGUGAGAGAGCUCGGGAGCGUCUAGGGUUCGAUACUCAAGCUUGAGAGCGUGCGGUGCUCGGCGUUUGGGAUGAGAGCGUCUAGGGUUCGAUACUCAAGCCAGAAGGUGAAUUAUUUUAGGAAGGAGCCGUGGGCAAUGAGGUGACCAAUGAUGAUGUGUGUUAGCCGUUACAAAAGGAUGUGAUCGUGAGGCGGUUGAGUUCGAGUGGCGGAUAGGCGUCGCCGCCAAGGACUGGACAAAAGUUGCUAAGCAAGGGCAGAUCGAAGUCAUGGAGCUGGAAAUUGAAGAAGUUGGAAGAUAUCGUGAAGUCCAUUCACGACAAAAUGCUUUAUCUUCGUGAAAGUGGAAUCGGAGCAACAUUGGUGGGAGCAUAGCAGGAUUGGAGCGGGAUCAUUUUUGUUAGGGGCCACUGAUGCGGAAGUUUUGAGAGAUCUACUACUUCCUCGAAGCAUUUCAUCCACCGCUCGUUCCGGCGACUUGAGCACCAAUUGCCAGAUCCGACGGCUGAUCUUUUAGUCUUGGAGCCGAAGCAAACCCCGCUACAAAGGGAUGAUACCGGGUCCAGCAACUCGGAUAUCCAUAGCCGCAGGGAGAAGUGGUGGAGUGGAGGAGGGAAGGAAGGCAUGGAAGCGAGCGGGGCGGAGAUCGCGUUCUUCGACGUGGAGACGACGGUGCCAAGCCGGUCCGGCGAAAGGUUUGCGCUGCUGGAGUUCGGGGCUAUCCUCGUCUGCGCGCGGCGGCUGGUGGAGGUCGGAUGCUACUCCACCCUCAUCCGGCCCGCAGACGUCGCCGCCAUUUCCCCCGUUUCCAUCCGCUGCAAUGGCAUCACUCCCGACACCGUCUCCGCUGCCCCGACCUUCCGCGAUGUCGCUGACCGCGUUUUCGACGUUCUCGACGGUGAAAAGACGGGUGUGGGCGGGGCACAACAUUGUGAGGUUUGAUUGCGCUCGGAUAAGAGAGGCAUUUGAGGAGCUCGGGCGGCCGGCGCCCGAACCUAAGAGCAUAAUUGACACACUGCCGUUGCUUACUCAAAAAUUCGGCAGACGAGCUGGAAACAUGAAGAUGGCUAGUUUGGCAACUUACUUUGGGCUCGGACAACAGAGGCACAGGAGCUUAGAUGAUGUCAGAAUGAACCUGGAAGUUCUCAAGUGUUGUGCUGCAGUUCUGUUUUUGGAGGUGAAUCUCCCAGAUGUAUUUUCUCUGGAUAAGUUGGUGCUUACCAAUACACCAUCAGGGACUGAGACCUAUGAAGAUGCUUCUCAUUCUCAUCAGCGAACUCCGGGCUCACCGUGUGAUGAAUUCACUGAUCAGCAAACUAACAGACAUAUCUUGAAUACCUAUCAAGCUGGACCUAGUAUUUCUGUUUCAGAGAAUGCUUCCAACUUGGUGGCAUCUAUGGAGCAAAUGAACAUAGACUUAUUACAGUCGAACACACAGUUGCUCCAAAUAAUAGAAUCUGACUGUGAUAGAAUUUGUACCACAGUUCCUACUGAAAACUCCAAUUGUUAUGUUGGAUUUCUGGAGGCUGAUCAAGUGUUACCAGACAAGAUCAGAGCACCUACAGUCCAAAAUUUUCAAAAGACUAUUCUUUACAGAGAUUGCCCCUUGCAGCUUUCUUGUAUGGGGAUGAAGAUCCAUUUUGGAGUCAACUCAAAAUUCAGAGACUAUUCUGGCCGGCCAAAACUAAGUAUUGUGGUGGAUGCUCCUCAUAACUUAUGCAAGAUUUUGGAUAUCUGCAACCGAGUUGCACAAGCAUCAUCACAGAAUUCUGGUAGCAACUCUGAAUGGCGACCUGUGCUAAAGAGGCUUGGCCACUCAAAUACUGCUACUAUUCGACUGCACAUCCCCACUGUGGCAAAUGGUGAUGGAGCCAUUUACUCCACUGAGAUGUACCACAAAGACCCUUCAGGGAACAUGCAGAAGCUUCUUUUCAGCAGACCAGAUGCCGCUGAGCUCGAGUCAAUAUUUGUGCCAGGAACUACAGUUGAUGCUUAUUUCAUUGCAGACAUCUACGAUUUCCAACAGAAUGCAGGCAUCAAGCUGGUAGCUAGAAGAUUGGUUGUUCUCUCGAAAUAGAUUGGAUGUUACCCGUCAUCCCUAACUUGUAGUGCACAUUGUUGAUGCUAAAUCAUGUAAUUUAAUCUACUUAUCAUGGUCAUUUGUUUAAAUUAAGUGAAAUUAUUAGAUUUGUUCCCCGCUGUUCCUUAAUGGAUGAAGGUUAUCAUUUAUAAGA